GGGCACGGCUUGUUGUUUUGGACAUCCUUCUUCCCCUUCCAUUUGGUACUCUGAACGCAGUGUGACCAAACUCCCCACGGCCCAUCGGACGCGGAUCGCCUUGGGGUGCAAGUUUGGGGUGCAAGAGUCUAGUUAACUGGAAGGCCUGGGACCGCCCCGCCCCCGCUGCCAGCGGUUGGGGAAGUUUACAUCUGGAUUCUCACACAUUUUGUCGCCACUGCCCAGACUCUGACUAACCUUGUGGGCGUCGGGUUUUCGGUACUGCAGCCUCCUCAAAUAUUAGCACUGCCUCCCCGCGCCUGCCCUGUCCCUCCAGGCCGCCGAGGUCCUGCCCUCGCCCCGGUGGAGCGCGAUCCCGAGGGCGCAGUGGAGCCCGGGGCCUGGGGCCCACGCUGAGCAGCUAUGGCUGCGGCGAUAGCCAGCUCCUUGAUCCGGCAGAAGCGACAGGCGAGGGAGUCCAACAGCGACCGGGUGUCGGCCUCCAAGCGCCGCUCCAGCCCCAGCAAAGACGGGCGCUCCCUGUGCGAAAGGCACGUCCUCGGGGUAUUCAGCAAAGUGCGCUUCUGCAGCGGCCGCAAGAGGCCCGUGAGGCGGAGACCAGAACCCCAGCUGAAAGGAAUUGUGACAAGGUUAUUCAGCCAGCAGGGAUAUUUCCUGCAGAUGCACCCAGAUGGUACCAUUGACGGGACCAAGGACGAAAACAGCGACUACACCCUCUUCAAUCUAAUUCCCGUGGGCCUGCGUGUGGUGGCCAUCCAAGGGGUGAAGGCCAGCCUCUAUGUGGCCAUGAAUGGUGAAGGCUAUCUCUAUAGCUCAGAUGUUUUCACUCCAGAAUGCAAAUUUAAGGAAUCUGUAUUUGAAAACUACUAUGUGAUUUAUUCUUCUACACUGUAUCGUCAGCAGGAAUCAGGCCGAGCAUGGUUUCUAGGACUCAAUAAAGAAGGUCAAAUUAUGAAGGGAAACAGAGUGAAGAAAACCAAGCCUUCAUCACAUUUUGUACCAAAACCUAUUGAAGUGUGUAUGUACAGAGAGCCAUCGCUACAUGAAAUUGGAGAAAAACAAGGACGUUCGAGGAAAAGUUCUGGAACACCAACCAUGAAUGGAGGCAAAGUCGUGAAUCAAGAUUCAACAUAGCUGAGAACUCUUCCCUUUGUCCCUCUCUCAUCCCUUCCCUUUAUCCCCUCCCCUUUACCCAUUUCCUUCCAAUAAAUCCACCCAAGGAGAGGAAAAUAAAAUGGCAACCCAGGACCUAGUGACUAAGAUUCUGCACUCAAAAUCUUCCUUUGUGUAGGACAAAGAAAUUGAACCAAAGCUUGCCUGUUGCAGUUUGGUAGAAAAUGCACAUGCACAAAAUAUUAGCACACAUAAAAUCAAGGGAAAAAAUAAAUCAAAACGCCACAACAUUGUGUUGUUAUUAAUAAAAGGCCAAUUAUAAUGAAGACAUAGCUAUAAUAAAUGUGAAAUAAAGUUAUUAACUUAAAGACAAGGGUUUUGGAGAAUUUAACUUAGAAAUCAAUGUAAUACCCUAAAUAACUUAAACUUUGGAUAAUGCUGUGAUGUGUGCUGUGUUUUGAAUUUGAAUUUUCUUUGGGCAUCUGGAAUUGACACAUAAUUACAUACUGUUUCCAGGAUUUUUUUUACCAUGAUAUUGAACAUGUACAAAUUAUAGAUUCUUCUAACACCUGUAUGGUAUAAGCCAGGAAUCAUUUAAAAGUUUAAAAUUUUAUUCUUGAAGUUGUUACUUAAGAUUGUUUCAUGCAAAGGAUAGACUUCUGUUGAACUUAAUGGUAUUAGCUGAUAUCAUUCCUUCAGAAAAAGAAUUUCAGAUUCACCUAGGAGAUUAUCAUAUUUUUAUCAAAGGGAUUAGUCUAGGAUCUCAUUUUUUUUUUUUUUUAGUCACUUAGAAAAAUAAAAUGUGUUCUAAGGCUGAAAUAACUUUUGGGAAUUCUGUGUCAUUGCCAUGCCUGGGCAGUGAUGAAUAAGUUAUAUGCUCUUAUCAUUUGGUCUGAUUGUUUACAUUGUACACACAUUUGAGAGUAGAGGUGCAUGUCUAGCUGUAUUAGAGAGUUUUGUACCAUCUCUUGCAGCAGGAAAGAAAGAAAAGGAGUUUUGCAUGAGGAAAUAAGUUUUAGGAAAUUGGUCAAAGCAAAUUGUAGUUGCCUUUGAAACUUACUAGAGUUUUAUGUAUGUAAUAUUUUCCAAACUUCACCAAGAAAUUGGGAGGCAUGGCUGUGAAAUUCCUAACCUAAUAUCUUAUGAAGCCAGUGGUUUGCUUGUUGCUGUAUAUCCUUGUUAAUAAGUCUAGUUGACAAUAAAUCUGUCUCCUAGAACACAGAAAGGAACUUGAUACACUGAGUUUUCAAGGGGCAUAGAGAAACAAUAUGGAAUUAACAGUUACGGUUCCAACACACAGGGCUGUGUGAGCUUAAAGCACUCAAAAAGAAAAAAAAAAAAGAACUCAGUGUAAGGACUAGGCAAUACUAAAGUAUUAGAAAAAUAUUAGGGAAGAAAUAAACAUUAUAUGAUCACCUUGGAAAAAAAAUAGAUCUACAUAGUCCUACAAAUCAGGAUGGUGUAGAGACAUCCAAAUUCAAACAAAACAGAAUGUUAAAAAUGUAUGCAGAAUUAUGGAUAUUAUCAAUGAGAAGACGUAGCAUGUUACUUCUCCUAUAGCUCUACUGUCCAGCAUGUAUUGUUCCAAAUAUGAUUCCCUAAAAUAUAUACACUUUGCAGAAGCUCUAGGCCUUCACUUAAAUGACCUUGCCAUUGGUUGCUGUAUUCUUUCAAAGUCAAUGUAGUUCCCCCUCACUCUACACAAUCAUUAUUCUUUAAUAGUGGUUUGUGUCCUUCACCAAGUACUUAAUUUAUGUUAUCAGGAGGUUAGCAGCAAAUGAAAUGGAGGAAUUUGCCUUAUCGGUUGUAAAGAAUAAAAGUUAUGCAUCUAGGCACCUCGGCAAGGAUUU